AUGGGCGUGCUCCUGCUGCUUCACGUCCUCCUCGUCGCGGUGGCGGCGAUAGCUCCUGCGGCCGACGGAUGGGGCAAGGAGGGACACUACAUGGUGUGCAAGAUCGCCGAGAGCUUUCUGACGGAAGAGGCCUCGACGGCGGUGAAGGACCUGCUGCCGGGGUGGGCCGGCGGCGACCUCGCGGAGACGUGCUCGUGGGCGGACACGCAGAGGUUCCGGUACCGCUGGUCCAGCCCCCUGCACUUCGCUGACACGCCGGGGGACUGCGAGUUCGACUACGCCCGGGACUGCCACAACACCAAAGGAGAGAAGGACAUGUGCGUGGUUGGAGCCAUCAACAACUACACCGCGGCACUGAAAGACUCAUCAAGUCCAUUUGAUCCGACGGAGAGCUUGAUGUUCUUGGCGCACUUCGUCGGCGACGUGCACCAGCCACUCCACUGCGGCCACACCGACGACCUCGGCGGCAACACCAUCGUCGUCCACUGGUACCGAAGGAAGAGCAACCUUCACCACGUAUGGGAUGUGAACGUCAUCGAGACGGCCAUGAAGGACUUCUACGGCAACGAUCAGAGCACCAUGAUACAGGCCAUCCAGCAGAACAUCACGGAGGAGUGGGCUAACGAAGAGAAGCAGUGGGAGACGUGCCGUAGCCGGACAAAGACUUGCGCUGAAAAGUACGCUGCAGAGAGCGCGAAGCUGGCAUGCACGGCGUACGAGGGUGUCGAGCAGGACUCCACCUUGGAAGAUGACUACUUCUUCGCUGCGCUGCCGGUGGUUCAGAAGAGGAUUGCUCAAGGGGGUGUCCGGCUGGCCGCAAUACUGAACAAGAUAUUUGGUGGAAAGAGCAGGCUUCAGAGCAGUUGA